AUGUGCAAGAGGGACAUCGAGAAGGGGCAAACAAGGAAAGACACAAGGAAUGUUUCCAUUAUUAUCCAACGGCCCAAUACGCUUGAUCGCAUUUUGUCCUUCCACAAGCCCGCCAACCCUCGGGUCAAAUGUGCUCCAUUCCGCCCAAUCUCGAAGCCAAGAUUGAUUCCCGAGCGCGUUUCUGCGCCUCCAACGUUGCCUCAAACAGCCGUUUCACCCUUACAUUCGCAACUUCCUACAGAUAAUGAUGAAAUUUGCAUCAUGGACCUGCCUCAUCCUGUAACAUCGAGUGGCACUCGACCUGAGCUCGUUCAUCCGGCAACAGCAACUCGUGCAUCGACCAGUGAUCCAAUUUUAGCCAACAUCCAAGGACCACUAACCGUUCGGACACGCCAUCGCAUGGGACGCCAGCCUCAAAGUGGAGACAUUUUUGUAGAAGAGGGACGACCGAUUCAGCAAGGUGCUCGUGAUUUCAAGGUUAACAAUGAGAAUGGCAAAAACAGCCCGAGUGUUGUUUGCCGUUCAGCUUCCCGUCAAGGACCUCUCGAUUUCACCUGGGAUCAACAAUUCACUACCACUCAAGAUGCCCAACCAAUUCUCGUCGAUUUUACUCAAAGGCCUUCGGAGGUCCAGUCGAUCAACGCCAUAACUAAAAAUGAUUUGACGGGACCGGUGAACAUUGCCUUACACUUGAAUUCGACUCGAGCAAACACUCUUGUUCGAAAUGCAAUCGAAAUUCGUUUUGGAGUGUCAAAAGCCCUUCCUACUACGGAAUUGCGCAAGAAGGUGCCCAGCCUGGCGAAGAACCUCGGUCAUCCACAGAUUCGUGAACGCGUCUUUUACGGCGAUGGAGUGAUUCGUUUGGACCGAGACAUGCUUAUUCGCCCUGAGGAUGGUGUCGGAGAAAUGAAGGAAGACGUACGCACAUAUGACUUCGUUCCAGCGACUCUUCCGGCAAUGGGUGAACGACGCUUCUCGAUGGCCCCAUACACGGAAGUGUCCGGCGGCUUUCCAUCACUCUUGAAUAUCCACGGCGAACGUGCUCGCACAAGAUCGCCUAUCGUGAACGCUCGAGUGAGCACUGGAAGUACGAGAAGCAGCAGCACCUCCUCGUUGGCUACGGCAAUUACAUAUCGAGCAGACGGUCCAAUGAAUCGCACAUCGAUUUGCCCAACAGCCUCCUCACCUUCUGUGCAAACGGCUCGUUCCCGUGAAAGUUCGUUGUCGGCAACAAGUGGUCGCUCAUCUCGUUCCAAGCUUCAAAUAGCGCCAUCCAAUCAGAAAAAAGUGUCUGCUCGAACGGGUGUCUCAAUGAAUCGCCUUGAAAGGGCUCAAUCGACACCGCCUCCAUUUGUUUCAAGACAACAACCUGCUAAAACAUCUACGGAAGUAUCAUCUUUGGAGAGUUCUGCUCUAGUAACGGCUCAACCUCCUUCAAGUGGAAUUUCAAUGGAGGAACGUGUGAUCCCCGGUGGAUUGAACGCCAAGGACACUCCACAAAUGAUCAUUUUGACCUUUGAUGAUCCGAUUACUGAUCGAACGAUUAACAUCUACAAUAUUAUUAGGGAAGAUGUGGUACUCUCUGACUUU